AUGGAAAAACUUAAAAGUAUUUUAUCAUCAAGCAGAAAGGUUGGACCACCAGUACCACCACGUCCUCCAAUGUCAACUGUCCAAAAAGCACUCGAAAAGUCACGAAAUGUGCCUCACAAUUUCCCACAGCCAGCCGUGCCCAUAGCAAAAGGCAGAACAGUUAUUUAUACAUCAAAAAUUAAUAAUAAUAUGAAUGGUCAACAACACAUAGACCAUCAACAGAAACAGCCACAACAGCAACAACAGCACUCGAGCAUUUGUGAAAAUAAAUGUUUUGACACCAAAUUCAAUGAAUCAUCAACCGGUUUGAAGGUGAUUGUUACAACAACAACAAUACCAGCGGCUGUAAGGCAAAAUGGCAACACAGCACGUGUACAUGAGUCUCCAAUUAUCGCACCCGCAAAAAUGAAUAACAUAGGAAAUGAUUCAAUAAAUAAGGAAUUUCAUCAGCAUCCAAUCACUCAUCAUAAAUCGCCCAUGCCUAGGCCACGUCUCAAGACACCACCACUGUUGCCAAAUCGCGAUCAUAUUGUGAACAUAAAACAUCAAAAUUUAUCUACAACGGAACAUCAACAACAUCAACAGAAUAAUAACAAUUAUACAAGGUUAUUGAUGCAAAACCAAAAUACAGCACCAGUAAAAUGUGAAUUGAAUAUUAAACAAAGCGGUAAAAUUGAUCAAAAUAACAUCAACAAUAAUGAUGUAGCGAGUCGUGAUGAUGAGUUGAAGGAAAAGCUGUUGAAUGAAAUUUUUAGUGGGCGUCUUGUGGAAGCGUCAAAUGUACAUAUACGUUAUAAUGGCAAUGGAUGUAACUUGAAACGAUCAUCUUCAGUUGAUGUACUCAAUGACCGCAAUUCUAUCACUGAAAAGUUGCCGCAUGAUGAAAAGUUGAAAGACAGGAAAGUGAUGUUUCAUGAAAUGCUCAUUUCAGAAUUAUCUGAAAUGCGUAGAGCCGGAAAUGACACAAAUAAUCAUCACCAUAAUCAUCGAUUGAGUUUGGCAAAAUCAUGCUCGGAUUUAUCGCCGAGUGGUAAUAAACAGAUGACAAUAAUGGAAAUGAGAGAUGAUGUUAAAAUUAAUAGAAAUGGUAAUACAACAUGUCUGAUUAGUCUCGAAGACAGUGGUGUUGAAGAUGAGGAAAAAGCUGAUGAUUGUUCCUCAUCCGGCGUUGGAGAUUCUUGGGAUAGCUGUAAAGACAUGCAAAAUCGCAUUAAUAUGUCACUUCCCGGAUUACCUCCAUUACCGAAAAGUCUUAGUGGAAUAGAAAUCAGUCAGCAACAAAAUCAAUUACAAAGAUCACAACAGAGACAAGUUAAUCUAACGACAUCAGAUAAUCGUACGUCAGACUCAACAUUAGACACUCAAUUGGCAAUUUUGAGACGAGAAAUGUACAGCCUACGUCAGAUGGAUUUAUCACUGCUAUCACAAUUGUGGGCGUUAAAUGAGUCAAUACAAGAAUUUCGUACAAUUAUGCAAGACCAAGAAAAUUAUUCUCAACAGUCACCGUCACCAUCAGACCUAAACUCGCUGGCAUCAGAUGAUGAUGAAGACAAUAUGAUAAGUAAUGAUGUUGUAGUCAAUGGCAACAAAAUUACAUUAAUUGAUAUACCGAAGAGUGAUAGAACAAAUGUUAAACGACGAAUGAACAUUUCGCCCCCUGCACCUCCACUUUCGUCAAAGUGCUGA